UCCCCAGCGACUGAUGAUGUUAAACCCUACACUUCCGUGAUUGGUUUAGCCAAACGAUAAGGGCAACUAUUGGAAGCAGCGGGCGGAACCUGAUCUGGGGAAGCAGUUUGGGGCCCGGGGUCCACUGGCUGGUAGCUCUUAGCCCACAGUGUGGUGUGAAGCUAUGGAUCAUGAGCAGAGGCGGGGAGCUGCACUGCUAAGGCUGUUACACCUCCUGUGGUUGCUGCCCUACUCCCGGACCGCCCCUGAAGCUCCUACCCCAGCAUGGCGGGAUGAACUGCAAAACCACACGUUCCUGCACACGAUAUACUGCCAGAACUGGAGUCCCAGCAUCGGCCUCUCGGAAGCCUAUGAUGGGGACCAGCUUUUCUCCUUCAACUUUUCCCAGAACACCCGAGUGCCUCGCCUGCCUGAAUUUGCUGACUGGGCUCAGAAGCCUGGAGAUACUUCCACGAUUUUCUUUGACAAAGAGUUCUGCCAAGCUAUGGUCCAGAAAAUAGGACCCAAACUCGAAGGGCAAAUCCCUGUGUCUAGAGGGUUUCCUAUUGUUGACGUGUUCACCCUGAAGCCCCUGGAGUUUGGCAAGCCCAACACCCUGGUCUGUUUUGUCAGUAAUCUCUUCCCACCCACGUUGACGGUGAACUGGUGGCAUCACUUGGACCCUGUGGAAGGAAUCGGGCCCACUUUUGUGUCUGCGGUUGAUGAACUCAGCUUCCAGGCCUUUUCUUACUUAAACUUCACACCAGCACCCUCUGACCUAUUCUCCUGCGUCGUGACUCAUGAGAUUGACAGCUACACAGCAGUUGCCUAUUGGGUGCCCCAUAAUGCGCUGCCCUCUGACCUUCUGGAGAAUGUGCUGUGUGGUGUGGCCUUUGGCUUGGGUGUGCUGGGCAUCAUUGUUGGCUUAGUCCUCAUCAUGUAUUUCCGAAAGCCUUGCUCAGGUGGUGGCUUUAUAGCCCAUGUGGAAAGCACCUGUCUGUUGGAUGAUGAUGGGACUCCAAAGGAUUUCACAUAUUGUGUCUCCUUCAACAAGGAUUUGCUGACGUGCUGGGAUCCAGAGGAGGCCAAAAUGGCCCCUUGUGAAUUUGGCGCACUGAAUGUUUUGGCCAAUUACCUCUCAGAAUACCUCAACCAACAGGAAUCCCUGCUCCAGCGCUUGUCUAAUGGGCUUCAGGACUGUGCCACACAUACCCAGUCUUUCUGGGGAUCACUGACCCACAGGACACGGCCACCAACUGUGCAAGUAGCCAAAACCACUCCUUUUAACACGAAGGAGCGUGUGAUGCUGGCCUGCUAUGUGUGGGGCUUCUAUCCAGCUGAUGUGACCAUCUCGUGGAGGAAGAAUGGGCAGCCUAUCCCUUCUCACAGUAGUGCCCCUAAGAUGGCCCAGCCCAAUGGAGACUGGACAUAUCAGACCGUCUCCCAUUUAGCUACAACCCCCUCUUAUGGGGACACCUACACUUGUGUGGUGGAGCACAUUGGGGCUCCUGAGCCCGUCUCUGAGGACUGGACACAUGGGCUGUCCCCGAUGCAGACAGUGAAGGUUUCUGUGUCUGCAGUGACUCUGGGCCUGGGCUUCAUCAUUUUCACUCUUGGUUUGCUCAGCUGGCGGAGAGCUGGCUCGUCUGGCUACAUUUUCCUCCCUGGGGCCAGUUAUCCAGAAGGUCAACACGUCAAUUAGAGGCAGAGUCCUACACCUUCUACCCCAAGUGUGAAGAUUCAAACUCUUAGUGAUGCUGCUGUGUCCCCCCACCAUCCUCAGACCCUACAAAUUUUCUUGGAUCCUAUGGUUUCUCCAUUCAGAUCUUUGAACUUCCCAGCCGACCCCAUGUACACCUUAGCAAGUUGGGGGAACUCAUUCCUGGGAAUAUUCUGUAAUCAAGUUGUCAUCCAUCCAAAUAAAGAGGCUAUAUUUCUGGGUCAAAUAUCAUCUGGGGAGGGAGGUUAAAGGCCUUUCUGGAGGCCACACUGUGCCACAGGGGCCAUUGAGUCGCUGGCGGUCAUCUCUGAGGAAUAAACUCUGGUUGAAAUA